UCUGCCAAACAAACUGUUAAGAAUGUAUAUGUUAAUUAUGAUAUGUUUUGGUCAGAUCAUUUGCCCAUAGUCAUUGAGUGUGAGUUAAGUGCAAUUAUAUGUAAAAAUAACCAUUGUAGUAUUAAUAGAAUAAAUAAAGCUGUAUGGGGCUAUAGAACUAAGGAGCAGAUAAAAAGUUAUACCAAAUUGUGCAAUAGUAAACUUAAAUUAAUAGAUUUUCCUGUAGAGUUAAGGCAAUGUAGUUGUGAUAUUUGUAACUGUAAGGAACAUAGAAUAUAUUUAGAUAAACUAUAUAAGGAUAUAAUAAGGGCAAUAACAGACUCAGCUAUUAACACUAGUAAUACUCAGUCUUAUAAGCGUAAGAAAAAGCAUGUGAUAGGCUGGAAUAAGCAUGUAUGUGAAGCUCACAGGGAAGCUAGAAGUAAAUUUUUAUACUGGGUUUCUCAAAAUAGGCCACAAUCUGGUACUGUAUAUGAGGAAAUGUGUGAAAGUCGCAAAUUGUUUAAAAAGAGAUUAAAGUGGUGUUACAACAAUAAAGAACAGUUAAAAAUGGAAAUAAUUUCAGAAUGUCGUGCCUCUAAAAACUUUAGUGAUUUUUGGAAAGCAACAAAUAGUUUAAACCAUAAGACUGGCCUUCCAGUGAGUGUGGGGGGUGCGAGUGAUAGCAGAGAUAUAGCUGAACUCUUUAGAGAACAUUUUACCACCAAGUCUCCUCUGGGACCGUGUUCUGCAGAUCCUGGGUCUAGCGUGACCGGUGAAUUGUAUAACGUGUCUGCUAAACAAGUUCGUCAAAUUGUGAGCAGCAUGUCUAGGGGCAAGUCGCCGGGUCAUGAUGGACUCAGUAUCGAGCAUUUCAAAUACGCUGGUGUUCAUUUACCACGCGUGCUCGCGAUGUUUUAUACCUUAUGUCUGAAUCACUCGUACUUGCCUCCAGAUCUUAUGAAAACAAUUAUAGUACCAAUUGUUAAAAAUAAAACUGGCGAUUUGUCCGAUAAGAACAACUACCGGCCGAUUUCUUUGGCUACGAUCGUAGCCAAGGUAUUGGACAGUGUGCUCGACUCAGAACUGGAUAAACAUCUUAAUAUUCAUGACGCACAGUUCGGUUUUCGAGCAGGACUUUCCACUGAAAGCGCAAUUCUGAGCCUGAAGCACACGGUUCAAUAUUACACGAAAAGAAAUACACCUGUGUAUGCAUGCUUUCUUGACCUCUCCAAAGCAUUCGACCUUGUAUCGUAUGAUUUGUUAUGGGAGAAACUCAAGAAAACUGGCGUGCCUACACAGGUGCAACGUAUUUUUCAUUUCUGGUACCGAAACCAGAAUAAUUAUGUAAGAUGGGCAAACACCUUCUCAGACACGUACAGGUUGGAGUGCGGGGUGAGACAAGGUGGUUUGAGUUCUCCUAAGCUCUUCAACCUGUACGUUAACGAGCUUAUAGUUGGGCUCAGCAGCACUCGAGUAGGAUGCUGGAUCGACAAUGUAUGUAUGAACAACUUUAGUUACGCGGACGACAUGGUGCUGCUGACCCCAACUGUAAAUGCUAUGAGACAGUUGCUCACAAUAUGUCAAUCAUAUAGCCUUCAGCAUGGUUUAAAAUAUAACGCUGACAAGAGUGUGUAUAUGGUCUUCAGGGCCCCUGGUAAGUGUAGAUUAAAUGUGCCUGCAAUAAAGCUAAGUGGCAUUGAACUCAAACGGGUAGAACAGUUUAAAUAUCUAGGACACUACGUUACUGAGGACCUUGACGACAACGUUGACAUUGAAAGGGAACGGAGGGCACUGGCGGUUAGAAGCAAUAUGCUGGCCCGCAGGUUUAGGACGCUUAGUGCCCUGCGUGUCCAAUAUAACAACGGAUUUAGGAUGUUGUUGGGGCUGCCCCGAUUUUGCAGUGCCUCCAGUAUGUUUGCGGAAGCCAGGGUAGAUGGCUUUCAUGCCAUAGUACGCAAACGCCUCGCGUCGUUACUGAGCAGAGUAAGGAGUAGCACUAACAGCAUCCUAAGAGUGAUUGCGGAAAAACAGGAUGCAAAUAUCCUGCAAGCAUUCUUACGUGCUCAAGUAUUGUAA